AUGCCGCAGCAGUCGCUUCAGCUCGAAGAGGCCAUUGCAGCCGUGCAGAGCGGCUCCCUGUCGCUCCGCGAAGCUGCCCGGAAGUUCCGCGUACCCCGAACAACGCUACAGCGUCGAGUGCAACGUCGUGUGUCCACCGCGUUGGGGUCCCCACCGGCAGCUGCCGAACGUGUUGUUGCAGUUGCUCCUGUAGUCAGUCUCAGUGGACUGAACGCGUCGAGCGACUCGCCUCGCGACAAUGCAGUGGGGUUACAUGGGACCGGUCGUCGAGACGUUCCUGCAGUGGGUCGGAAGCGACCGGCAGACGAUAGCGAGACGCCGAACUCAGGUCCACGGAAGGUCAUCAACUGCAAGAUCCGACUGCUGUGCACCGCGGCUGGGAGUGCGCUGGACGAGCUGAGCAACGACAUGAUCAAGAAGGGCAAGUGCAUCUACAAAUUGGGACUGGGGCAGUCGCCGUUCCCAAUCCCGCAGUGCAUUGUCGACGAGCUGCGGGCCAACUCGCACCAGAGGGACUACUUGCCCGUUGCAGGGCUGCCUGAACUCUGCGAUGACAUUGCUGCGUGGGGAGCCGACCGCCUGCAUGUCCAGUACUCGCGCGACGACGUCUUGGUCGGCCCGGGAACGAAAGAGCUGCUGUUUGUGCUGCAGACAGUGUACUAUGGAGACUUGCUGCUGCCGAACCCGAGUUGCACGAGCUACGCGCCACAGGCCGCGAUUGCUGGCAGGAACAUGAUGUGGCUACCCACUCAUGCUGAAGACCACUUUGUGCUUCGACCAGAGGUACUUGAAGCACAUUGUGCCAAAGACCCAGAUGCUCCACGUAUCCUCAUCCUGAACAGUCCAUCCAACCCCACCGGGUGCGCUUACCAGGCCAACGAGUUGGAAGCACUUGCAAAGGUUGCGAGGAAAUACCGUAUCCUCGUCGUCUCGGACGAAAUCUACUCGGAGCUGCAUCACUCUGGCACGCACUUGUCGCUCUCCAAGUACUACCGGGAAGGGACCAUUGUCUCGGGAGGACUGAGCAAGUGGUGUGGUGCGGGCGGUUGGCGCAUGGGCUUCUGGCUCUUUCCACCCGGUAUGGACUGGUUGCGUCGUAGCAUGCUCGUCAUGGCGUCCGAAACCUACACGUCCGUGGCUUCACCUAUCCAGCAUGCUGCUCGACGAGCGUUUGUUCUCGAUUGCGUCGAACUCGCUUCGUACAAGCGCAAGUGCCAGAAAACGCUGCAGCUCAUCGGUCGGUGGUUUGCGUACCAGCUGCAAAAGAUGGAUGUUGAGGUACAAGUCCCUGAAGCUGGUUUCUACCUCUUUCCCUGCUUUCGACGACACUGCAAAGCACUCGCUAGGCGAGGUAUUGCCACGGACGAACAGCUCUGCGCGCAGCUACUGCAGGAUACAGGCGUGGCAAUUCUACCGGGAUCAGCUUUCGGACGUGCGCCCGAAGAGCUCUUUGCCCGGUUAGCCUUCGUGGACUUUAAGGGCGACCUCGCACUUUAUCUCAUCGAGAGCAUGCAGGACGAUCCGUCUUUGGACGCCAUUGACGGCUUUAUCCAGUCAGUCUGCCCAAAUCUAGACAUCGCCAUGCGCAAGCUCGCAGCGUGGAUUGCUCUCGCGGGACCGUCUGCCACACGUUCAUCGACUCGCGUCUCAGCAACUUCCUAG